CCGCAGAGAUCGCGAGCUGUUUGUGCGAGCCAGGAGGCUAGAUGAUUACCCCCGAAGCCCUCGCUAUGAGGCCGAUCGGGGUAGAGGCGACUCCCGCGGCCGAUGUGAGAGGGACGGCAGAUACGAGAGAUCGGACCGGGAUGGAUAUAGGGACGACAGAUAUGAGAGGUCGGGUCGAGAUGGCUACAGAGGGAGUAGAUAUGAGAGAGGAGAUAGGGACUGGGGGAGUAGAUAUGAGAGAGGAGAUAGGGACUGGGGGAGUAGAUAUGAGAGAGGAGAUAGGGACUGGGAACGACAAGAAGGGUCACGUGGACGGUUUGAGCGCGGGGGAGAAGCGAGAGAGCAGUGCGACGGGACGCGAGGAUGGUACAACCGAGGGGACCGACGCGAUGAGUCACGAGGACACUAUGACUCGAGGGACCGGUGGAAUGACUCGCGAGGACAGUAUGAGCAAGGAGGGUCUGGAGGAGACCGGCACAACGAUUCGCGCAGUCGGAAUGCGAGAGUGGGAUAUGGUGUCUCAUCAGAACCAUAUCCAAACUGAUGAUCUCGGAGAUGUAUCGAUGUUCUCUUCGAUGAAGGAGAAUAUCGAAGCAAAAAGAAUAAAAACGAGUAAAGGAAUGGAGCCGGUCAGGGGCCAGAGCAUCAAGAUAACCUUUGAGGGGGACAUGGCAGCCACCAAGUCGGCGAGAGGGUCUACAUCGAAGAAAACGGACACGGAUUAUGUGAUGGCGGAGAAGGACGGGCAGCGGGUCGAUGGAGAGGAGGUUAUCCUUUCGCCGCGAAAGCGGGGAGUAAAGAAGUUCUUAAUGAAGAGCUCGCUGGACGAGAUUGACACGGUCGAGCCAUUGAGGCGGGCCCUUCGGCAACCCAUGCAGUGCUCUAUUCUAAAGUACCUGGCGGCAUCGAAGCCGGCUCGUGAUGAAUUACAGAUGAUCACGCGGAAGACUCGCAUACCUCUAUCAGAGAACGAUCAGAGAGCCCCUAAGGCGGAAGCUUCUACAGUAGCAGUAACGGGGGUGACUGCCAGAGCGGAUCGCAUGGCGUCCGUCCUUCUUGAUGGAAUGGAAGGUGUGCCUCCAGACAAGUUUUAUAUACUUGGUAGCGGAGCCGUGGAGACGAUUAUAAACGAUGGAGCGGUUCUCGAUGCUGUGAUUGAUAACGGCAGUGAGGCUGUCAUCAUAGACGAGGACCUGGCGGUACAAGUUGGACUGGGCCUCGAUAGGUCAUACCUAUUCGAGAUAGAGACGACUGAUGGGAGAAAGCAACAGAUCACUGGGCGCGAGGAGAGGUUGGAGCACUUCCCGGAGGAAAAGCCGUUGCGACCUCCCUCGUCGUAUCCCAGACCGGUGCCGCCAAAGGCCCCUAAGAAGACGCCGAAGAGGAAGAGACGUCACUCGUCGCCAGGAGCGCAAGGCAGCAGAAUCAGUGGAGGCGAAGAGGUGGUUCAGCCCGUGCGCACGCGGAAUCUUGACCCGGUGCCGGGGAGUGCGGCGACGCUGGUUAAGGAGACUGUCGUGUCAUCGCCGCCCUUCCCGCGCAUGCCCGAUCUCAAUCUCGAUGGAGCUGACCAUCAGCCGCAGCAGCCGCAGGAGGAAUCCGAAUGGGAUUACCGGAUCCCGUAUCCAGAUCCCCCGUCAGCAACCGCAGGAGGAAUCCGAAUGGGAUUACCGGAUCCCGUAUCCAGAUCCCCCGUCCUCGCGGGACCUUUCCACUUCCGCCAGCCACCCCAGAGUGCCCCGAUCAUUGACAUUAGUAGUUCCUCCGAGCCGGAUGGUCCACCCGACAAAGGUGGAUUUCAUGGUGGAGCCCACCACCAUCAGGCUUGAGGCCAUCGCGGGGGCGCCUCGCCCUGAUCCGGCGUGGGAGCCAUAUCUGAC